AUGUUUCCCGACGGUAAAGAUCGGAUGGACAACCAAGGAAGUUCCGAGGAGACGAACUGUUCGGCUGUGGAUGUAGAUGUUGGGAUCUCAGACAGAUGCAUACGGAAAAUUCAAAAGCAGCCGUCGAAAACGUCAAAUAAAAACGACGGACCUACUGUGCCUGGGAUCAAAAAGAUGUCUUUGGCUUGCAUGCAAGCAAGCUCCGAAAGACUCUCGAAAAAUUUUGAUCGCAAAAUGUCUAAGCCAAUAAUAAAGAAGGAAAGCAAUGUGAAUGUCGAUGACAAGCAAUUAAAAAAAGUGCCGAACAUGAUGACUACUGCAACAGUGCCGCGUAGUGUGUCUGAGGUGACAAAAACGAGAUUAUUAGUCCUGCCCUUGACUCCAGAACCAGCACGGCUGAAACAUCAAUGUAUUCAUGAAAAUACAGAUACGGUUAGCUAUAUGCCGUCUAAAAAAGACGUCGCUGUGCAAACAUUUCCACUGCCAUUAUUCCAGCAACAGCCGGCCGAGAUGAGUUCCACGGAUGGUCGUCACCCGCCCCAACCGCUUAUUUCGAGAAAAAGACUAAAUAAUGAUGCCCCAUUUAAAGACAUUGUUGAGAAAUUCGAUAAAUUUAUAAGAAAAAAUAUGAAAACGACGAUUCAGUUUAAAAAAUAUAUUGACAAUUUGUCGCCCCGGAGAAUUGUAGCUGCUGCGUCCACCCACGAUUAUUGGAAGUACCUCAUGUACUUCUCUACGUUCUCGAUUGGAGUCAUCAGUACUUAUAUGUUGAACUACGGUUGGUACCAUCUACAAAGGAUCAAAAAUACCCCACAUUUAUUAAAAUAAAUAUUCACACGAACACAAGGUUCAUCGAUUUAGAAAACUCAGUUUUUUACUGGUUUCGUUGGAUUGAAUCCGCACUUUAUUGACAAUAGCAGGGGCC